AUGGGUGAUUUAAUACCGACUGAUAUUGCUAGGGCCGUAACAAUGGUCGAAAAUGGUCGAACUUACAGGGAAGUUGCUGGAAUAUUUGGUAAAUCACCAUCAACCAUCCAUCGUUGUGUCCCUACAUAUUAUUUCAUGCCGAUAGAUAACACAGAAUCGCAAUUUAGCAGUAGCACUAGGACUAGUACAUUCCUACAGGAUUAUUUGAUAACUCAACAUGCCCAAACUCAAAAUUUCGACUAUAUGAAAAGUUUAUUUCCAUAUUAA